AUGCUGGGUGCUGUACUGCAGGUACGUUCUAUUGAUCUGAUCAGGGCCAGGAAAGGACAGAAUCGACAGGAGCAUCACACAGAUGGUUUCUUUAGCAAUCAUCUGAUUGUCCGUAGAGGACAGUGUUUCCAGAUGUCUGUUGAGCUCUCUCGACCCUUUGUUCCAAACAGAGACCAACUUCACCUGGAGCUGAGACUUGGAAAUGUCUUACCAGUACACAAGGACAGUUUUGUGAUUGUACCACUGGUGUCGGAAUUCAGGAAAGAAGCCUGGGAGGCAAAAAUCGUUGAACAGGCAAAAACCACAAUCAGACUGGCGGUUUAUUCCCUUCCAACCUCUUGUAUUGGACGGUACAAACUCAAUGUAGUAACAAACUGCCUAGCGGGAAAGGCCACUUCACCAGACACUCCUGAAAAUGACAUUUACGUGCUGUUCAACCCUUGGUGCAAAGAUGACUCUGUGUGCAUGAAUGAUGAGACGGAGAGAAUUGAGUAUGUACUGAAUGAUAUGGGCAAACUCUACUAUGGAACUGAGCAACAGAUUGGUACCAGAACUUGGAAUUUUGGACAGUUUGAUGAAGGAGUCUUGGCUGCGUGUUUCUUUGUGUUGGAGAAGAGUGGCAGCCCUUGCUCAGGAUGGGGAGAUCCUGUUAAUGUAGUCAGAGUGGUAUCUGCCAUGGUUAAUUCCAACGAUGAUCAAGGAGUGCUGAUGGGUAACUGGAAAACGACCUGUGAGGGGGGAGUUUCUCCUACAGUUUGGAGCGGCAGCAGUGCCAUCUUGAAACAGUACCACAGCAGUGGAGGAGUAACUGUCAAAUAUGGGCAGUGCUGGGUCUUUGCUGGAGUCACCAACACAAUGUUGCGGUGUUUCGGCAUUCCCACUCGUCCAGUCUCAAACUUCAGUUCUGCUCACGACACUGACGCUUCCUUGACUACAGAUGUUUAUUUAGACGAGAAUUUUGAAGAGAUUAAACACCUUACCCGUGAUUCAGUCUGGAACUACCACGUGUGGAAUGAGGCCUGGAUGACUCGGUCAGACCUGCCAUCUGGUUUCGGAGGUUGGCAGGUGGUUGAUUCCACUCCUCAGGAAACCAGCCAGGGCUUCUUCCGCUGCGGCCCCACCUCUGUUGCUGCGAUCCGCAGCGGACAGGUCUACCUCAAAUAUGACACACCCUUUGUUUUUGCUGAAGUGAACAGCGAUAAAGUCUACUGGCAGCGCAGAAAUAACGGGACCUUCGCUGUGAUUCGGGUUGACAAGAGUGCUGUAGGUCACUCCAUCAGCACCAAAGCUGUCAGCUCAGAUGAACGUGUAGACAUUACGCACCUCUACAAAUAUGCAGAAGGUUCGGAGGAGGAGCGCACCGCUGUGGAAACAGCCUGUAGAUACGGCUCCAAGCGAUCCACCUACUCUCCCGACGGUGACAGCGAUGUGACGCUUGAUAUUGCUAUGGAGGGUAAAGGACCAUGUGUUGGUCAGGAUGCUGUUCUGUCCAUCGUUCUGAAGAACAACAGCAGCUCACCUCGCAGUGUCCAUCUCUACAGCCAGGUGUCAGCCACGCACCACUCUGUAGUCAACAGGACCUUCCUGAAGAAAGACCAGACGAGCCUUGAGCUCAAGCCUCAUGAGGUCCAGUCUCUGGAGUGGACGCUGCAGUAUGAGGACUAUAAGGACCAUCUGGAGGGUCAUGCGGCGCUGAUGCUCACUCUCUCUGGACAGGUCACUGAGACUAGACAAACUCUGGCCAAACAGUUCAGCUUCAGGCUGCGCACACCAGACCUCAUCAUCACUCCUGUAUGUGAUGCUGUGCUGGGCAGAGAGCUGAAAGUCAAAAUCAAGUUCCAGAACCCACUGCCCUGUGUGCUGAAGAACGUCAUAUUCCGGAUUGAAGGAUUGGGAAUGCAGCACGUCAAAACCAUUCACUAUGGUGAUAUUGCAGACCAAGCCUCAAUGUGUCUGACAGAGACAGUUGUCCCCAAACGGUCCGGCCCACAGAAGCUUCUAGCAACACUUGACUGUCCUCAGCUCACUCAGGUGCAUGGAGUCGCAAACAUCCUGGUCAAAGAUCACUGA